AUGGCGGGUGGAAAAAGUAGACAAUCGUCGAAGGAAGCAAGGGGGAAAGAGAAAAUGACCUCCCGCGCCCUUUUCAAUGACGACCAAGAUGAGGAGAUGUUCGAUGCAGAGGCACACGAUUUGGGUGACGAUCAGACGACCUCAUCCACUCCUCUAGAUGAUCAGACACGGGAUGAGUCACGGGAUGAGUCAGAGCUCCCGUCUUUGGACCCUACUACGCUCUGGUUUAAUGAUCUUAAGGUUCGGAGUGCGGUAUCCGGUGCGAUUACUGGAUACUACCGAGCCCCUUGGAGGAACUUUGGAGAAGUUCCUGCAGCUACGAAGGAACACUGGUGGAACUUGUUCAGCGCACAAUUCAGAUGGGCGCCUCAGAUAAACGAGCUAUUGAAGCUCACAUUUCGGAGGAGGGUAGCAACACGCCUGCGUGACAUGUUCCACACCAUCACGCACAAGAUGAAUGGAGCCAAGCGAAGUUGGAUGAGUGAGGAGAUCCACAAGGAGAUGAUGAACAUUGUUGCCACGGAUCCAACUUACAAGGCGAGGUCGGCGCAAAACAAGAAAAACAGAAGGGGCGGUUCUAUGGAAAAACCCGUCCAAGGAACCCACUUUCAGGGUUCGUUGUCAGUUGUCCAACAUGCAAAAAGGAUGGCGGCAAAGAACAAGGGCCAGCUAUCAACAGCUCCUGAGCUAUUUCUAAAGAAACACUUCAAGGAGCUGCCUGGGAAAGGCACAGUUCCAGUAAACCCCACAGCUAAGGAAAUUGCGGAGGCCUACCAAAAGAGGGUUGAGGAGGCUAGCACUCAAAGGAUUCAAAAGAGUCCGAAUGAGCUGUACUGGGAAACAGUGGGUGGUCGGAACAAAAAAGGACGUGUGAAGGGACUUGGCGGAAGUGCUGACCUUUACUAUGGCAGCCAGAUGGUUCGACUUUCGACAUCUUCCAUGCAGUACACGCCCUCCCUUGUUUCUCAGAUGCAGGAUCAGAUGGAAACCAGGGUGCAGGCUCUUCGGGAAGAAAUGGAACUCGAGAUGCAAGCUCGAGUUCAAGCCUCAGUAAGAGCCCAAAUGGAAGAAAUGGAGAAGAGGUUGGAAGAGAGGAUGAUGAGUCGUUACCCCAAUGACACAUGUUCCACCGUGCGACCUCCAUUUUGCGAUCCCAUGGACGACGACCCGGGUAGUGGUGGAGCAGGCCAGGGCACUCCCGUAGUUGCUUAG